CGCCAAAAAAGUUCAUCACAGUAGAAACGCAACGCGGCGCCUUCACCCUGUGUGAAUGAACCCAGAGCUGGCGAUGCCUGGAUUUGAUUUUCCAGCUAUUUUUAUUGUUUAAUCCGUGAAUGGCGCCUAAACAGGACCCUAAACCUAAAUUUCAAGAAGGUGAACGAGUGCUGUGCUUUCAUGGGCCAUUGCUAUACGAAGCUAAGUGUGUAAAAAUCAAUAUUAAGGAUAAACAAGUGAAAUACUUUAUUCAUUACAGUGGAUGGAAUAAAAACUGGGACGAAUGGGUUCCUGAAAGCCGUGUGCUUAAAUAUGUGGACAGUAACCUGCAGAAACAGAAAGAGCUUCAGAAGGCAAAUCAAGACCAUUAUGUUGAGGGAAGGAUGAGGGGUGUCGCACCAAGCAAGAAGAUCGCUGCUGUGCAGCAAAAAAAUGUAGAUGUAAAAACAAAAAAGAACAAGCAAAAGACACCGGGAGCUGGAGAAGGUCCCAGCACUGGGGAUAUGCCUCACCCCCCACGCAAGAAGAGGGCACGUGUGGACCCAACUGUGGAGAGUGAGGAGACCUUUAUUAACAGGGUAGAAGUGAAGGUAAAAAUUCCUGAGGAGUUAAAACCGUGGCUGGUAGAUGACUGGGACCUGAUCACGAGACAGAAGCAGCUCUUCCACUUGCCGGCAAAAAAGAAUGUUGAUGGUGUCCUGGAAGACUAUGCAAAUUACAAGAAGUCGAGGGGAAACUGUGAUAACAAGGAAUAUGCCGUCAAUGAGGUUGUUGCUGGAGUCCGUGAAUACUUCAAUGUCAUGUUAGGCACUCAGCUACUCUACAAGUUUGAAAGACCACAGUAUGCAGAGAUCCUUGCAAACCAUCCAGACACCUCCAUGUCUCAAAUAUAUGGAGCACCACAUUUGUUGAGACUUUUUGUAAGAAUUGGAGCAAUGCUGGCCUACACACCACUGGAUGAGAAGAGUCUAGCCCUGCUUCUCAGCUAUCUGCAGGACUUUUUAAAGUAUUUGGUGAAAAAUUCAUCGUCUCUAUUCAGCGCAAGUGACUAUGAGGUUGCACCUCCAGAAUACCACCGUAAGGCUGUCUGAAGCCAAAGCCAGUGAGGAUGUUUGGUGCUAUGUUCUGAUCGUCAUUUUUAAAUAUUUUUUUAAAUCCCUUUAUUGGUCUACAAGAUCUCGGUACUUAGCAUCAGACAUUUAAAAAAAACAGAUUCUUUGUUUGUUUAUUUGUACUUUAAGGAUUAUGUCUGGUGUUUCAGAUAAUCUACCAAAAUUCAGGAUUCUCUGGUAGUUGUUCCUAUAUUUUUGGUUAUUGUAAUAUUGAUUAACAGAGCUGGUCAUGUGUUGCUGCAUCAUUUGUGUUUUGUUUGACUUUAAAAACAUGUUUAUCAAUAAAUUGUCCCUCUCAAAA